GCACAGGCGGCUAUGAAUCCGUGGAAAGAGCAAAAGAAAGACAAGAUAAAAUACUUGAUGCGCUGCAUCUUCUGUGGACUAGUGAUGACUCAUUUAUACUAGGAAAAGGAUAUAAAAACUUUAAAAACUUCUGCAGCGAUAAUGGUAUGACAUCUACUAAAUUUAGUAACAUACAGAAUCUUUUUACAUUUUCUAGAUGGAUAUAUACACUGGAUAUACUUACUUCAACACCUGAUAAUAUAACCAAUGCACACAGACUAUUCAAAAAAACGCACUUUGACUUGUCUUACACCCAUCCCAUGUGCUAUAUCUAUCUGCGAUCUAAAGAUGCUAUCAAACAAUUCAGUGACAUUAAUCAUCUUGUCAGCAUAGGCAUGAAUCUAAACGACAGGCCUUUCAUGGAAAUGCAUUCAGCAGGUCUUACCAAAAUCAAAAUUAGGCCGUAUAAAAUAAGUACAGCAGAUAAUGAGUUACUACAUACAGAAAAUAUAAAAGAUUGCAUUAGGAUAUGGUACUUAAAAAUAGCUAAAAUUAUCUACAUACUUAAUAGCGAAGAAUAUCUUGAUAUAACCAAUGAUUUUAAAAAUCAUUUCAGUAAAUCAGGCUAUGUGGUUGAAAGGAGAACGUUUACAUUGGCAAGCGAAUUUGGAAUAGAUGCAGGUGGUUCUUUACAGGCUGCUCAAAUGAAAUCUCAAGAAGUACAUGAGCCCAGAGGCAAUGAAAGCAAUCCGUUGCAGGUUGGUCAAAUGGAAAUUGAAUAG